AUGGGGUACCUAGAAGGGCAAAGUAAGUAUUAAGUUAAGACUUUAUGAAAUAUGACACUGACAUGCACUCACCUCACACCUUUCCUCUCAACACCCAGUUCUCAGGGGAAAUGGAAAGAGAGCCUGUGACCUGACUUCCUCUUUUGGACUUUAACAAGGCGACACUCCAUCUUAACUCCUCCUCCACAUUUACUGGACUGGUUGAACAGCACAGAAGAUAACCUCCCCCGACAGUUUUUUUCUCGUCAGGACCAGAAAGAAAGGAACGCCGCUAUUUUACGCCUGCUACAUUAGGUUACUAGUACAUAGAAGGGCAGGACACACUACAUUUGAGUUUCAGAGAGUUCAAGCAGUAAUGGACAGUGAGUGGGUAUGGACCUGCACUACCUCCUAGAAAGUCAGUUGUGAAACUUCUUUCUGAGGGGACUGCCCUUUCAAAUGACCUCAGAGAAACAGGUCUUUAUAUGUGUGCUGCCAGUACAGUCCGAGGCAGUGGCCCCCAGGACCAGGCAGCGCUAUUAAAGACAGGAUUAUCUGAAACCGUACAGGGAGACAAAACCCCACAGAACCCCCGCCAGCUCAGCGCUGCUGACAAGUCACGGUAUGGAUUUUCUCCUGCUGUGACAGCCCCUUAUGACAGGUCCCCAAGACGAUCACAUGGGGCAUUUGUACAGCUCGAAGGCUUAAGUCAAGGCCAUGUUGUUAAGACAUCUCUGGAGGAGUUCUCAGGGGCUGAGUAAGACAAGCGGUAUCCAACAGGGUGUUUGCAUGGAUGUAGUGGUUGGUUGAGGAGACGUCCUAAUGCUCCAUGUCAGCUGACUGAGUCCAGAGAGAGAGGAAAAACUGCAUUCCUCUGUAGAGGGGCUCUUACAGGUCACAGGUUUCACACAACACACUAUAUAUUAUUAGGAGAAAUUAUAUGUUUUCUUAUGCAAAUCAGUGAAAACGCUAUUAUGUCCUUGUAUCUGAUGUUGGGGGCCAAAGGGUGUGUUUUUGUAUGUGAAUGCCAUGUCUCUAGUGACCAGAGCCACGUGGUAACAUGUCACAUUGUUGUGAUGUUAAACAUGUUAAGAUUCUCACCUGCGCUCAGAUUUGGGUGUUAACAUAGGUCUACUACUAUUCUUGUCUUCCACCAACUACCUCAUAUUAGAAACCUUGUUUGAAAUGGAGCAGUCUUCCAGCAGGCAGUUGUCUUGGCUUUGGCUGCAGCCAGUAAUACUGUAUCUGACACAGAAUGAAGUUCAGACAACAGUGCAGUGGAGAAAGUGUGUUCCCCUACCGGGAGUCGAACCUGGGCCGCCAAGGUGUAAACAAGGAAUCCUAACUGCAAGACCAGGGUUCCCCAACUGGUGGCUCGCGGGCCUAAUUUGGCCUGCGGGUGAUUUUAUUUGUCACCUCAAGUAUUCUGAGAUUUAAAAAAUAAUAUUGUUGGACAUAAAAGACUGUAAAAACACCAGCAAAUCCGCUCCAAGUGAUUGGAAAUCUGUUCCAAAGUAUUCCCACGCAUUAUAGAUAGAUAUAUGGGCUCCCGAGUGGUGCAGUGGUCUAAGGCACUGCAUCUCAGUGCUUGAGGCGUCACUACAGACCCCCUGGUUCGAUUCCAGGCUGUAUCACAACCGGCCGUGAUUGGGCGGCGCACAAUUGGCCCAGCGUCGUCCGGGUUUGACCGUUGUAGGCCGUCUGUCACGAUCGUUGAACGGAGUAGACCAAGGCGCAGCGUUGAAGGCAAACAUACUUUAUUAUCCAAAGUGAUAACACGAACAAAACAAUAAACGAAUAACGUGACGUCCUAGGUUAAACAACCAACACGGAAGAAACCAAAAGGAACAAGAUCCCACAACUACUGUGGGAAAACAGCCUGUUUAAAUGUGGUUCCCAAUCAGAGACAACCAGCAACAGCUGACACUCGUUGCCUCUGAUUGAGAACCACACUGGCCAACAUAGAAAUGAAACAACUAGAACUCAAACACAGAACACAAACACAUAGAAUCUACACACCCUGGCUCAACAUAUAGAGUCCCCAGAGCCAGGGUGUGACACCGUCAUUGUAAAUAAGAAUUUGUUCUUAACUGACUUGCCUAGUUAAAUAAAGGUAAAAUAAAUAAAGGUACAUUUGCAGUCUACAAAUUAUUUGUAAAUAUGUUCUGGCACCCUGACCAUCCGCUCCAGAAAAAAAUUAAUCUAGUUGAUGAUCCCUGCGCUAGACCAUAUGGGAAGAUAUUACAAAACACAAUACUUAUUUAUUCUCUUUUAUGGGGUCAGUGCAGGUGAAUUGUUGAUUGGUUAAGUUGUUGAACCUGUUCAGUGAGUCUUCCUCCCCCUCCGCCCAUUCUUGACUCCUCUUUUCUCUGUGUGUUUUUGCAGGUUAACCUCCGCUCCCCGUUGAACAAUGAGAGCUAUCAGGAGCGUCUGGUUCGCUUAGAGGGGGACAAAGAGUCUCUGGUUCUCCAGGUAAGGUGCUGCUGUCAUCUCUCAGCCCCACCGUGACUCUUGCAGGAUUAGCGUUUCACUUUUAGAGAGACGAGAGAGGGGGGGUGGGGUGGGGUGGGCAUAGAGAGAGAGAACCUGACCACUGUGCCUGAACCAAAAUUAAGGAAAGCUUUGACUAUGUACAGACUCUGUGAGCAUAGCCUUGCUAUUGAGAGACUCCGCCGUAGGAGAAAUACCACAGUGUGCCAUCACAGCAGCAAGAUGUGUGACCAGAGAGAGAGAGAGAGAGAGAGAGAGAGAGGUGAGACUGUCCAGGGCAGGCAAUGGGGCUGGAGGCUGUUGUGUGUAGCACAGGAGCUCAGUCACACAGUACGCCCCUAGUUUCUUGUUUUUCCCAAACAAACGUGUCUGGACAAUGCCUCUGUCUUUGGUUGUACUGUGAUUUGUCACGAUGCUCCAUGUUUUUUUACAUCUGUGUAAUUGGUAGCUUCUACAUCUGUAAUCUAGGCUACACAGUGUAUAUUUAUAUGUUCUCUCUUUCUACAGUAGUUCCUCCUCGGGCUCUGUCAUGUCUUGUCUGCCUCAACGUGUGCUGCUCAUAACUAGCUUUAUCGUAGCCUUGUGCCAAAGUAGCCCUUUCUUUCGCACACGCCAGUACAUUCCUCAAGCCCCUCUGACAAACGCUGCUGAUUGGCCAACGGGCCUGUGCCAGUUGACUGAUAAAAUGAUUGGCUGCCACCUCCCCUAAGGUGCUUUACUGCUUUGCUUUCCCCUUUACCUGCUUCCUUGUGGGCUGGCCAGAGUUGACCCACCAAGACAAAGAAAGAGGCUAAGUUUACUCAGCUCAGUUUUUGUAAUUCAGUGAACCAUGUCAAGUCAAGGGUAGGUUAUCUUUCAUGAUAUUUCACAUUGGCUGUUGACAUAGAGUUCUACGCCGGCUGAGGAAUGAAGUGAAACUACCGGUGUGUUGUCAGAGGAAUUAGUGCUAUUAGCAUACGGGUAGUUCCAGUCCAGAGCAGGCGAGAGGAGGUAUUUCUCAAUGUGAGUAAGGUGUCCUGUCUGUGGGUUGUACUGUAGGUGAGUGUGCUCACAGACCAGGUGGAGGCCCAAGGAGAGAAGAUCAGAGACCUGGAGAGCUCUCUGGAGGAGCACCAUCACAAACUCAACUCCACUGAGGAAAUGCUACAGCAGGUAAGAGAGAGACACUACUACCACUACUUUACCUGUGCUCAGCAUAUUAGCUUGGAGUUAAAUAUUGAUGUUUUCAACCUCUACUUGUUUCCUACAUAACUAAGUCUUGUUUUAGUCUUAGAUUAAUUGAAUUGACUGUAUUUUGUAAAUGUGUGAUUUAUAGCACAUUUAAAGAUUACAAUGUUCUGUAGCUUAGUGACAAAUGGAACCAACAACCUGUUCUUUUUCUGUUUCCUUUAGUGUGAAGUAGGUGUGUGGUAAAUUAGUAACAAGAGGUGUGGUUUCAUUCAUGCCAUUCUUACUAACAUAGAAUUCUGUCGCUUCCUGUGAGUGACUCACCUCGAUUGCACAACGUUUGUCACUCAGAAGAUGGAGGGAUAGCUUUCAAAGUUCACUAUCUUUCAAUCUUACAAGGUUACUUUCUCUGGCUGACUGACUCCAUGGCAUUAUAAGAGCAGAGAUAUUUAUUGUAGUGGCCUCCACUAAGAGCAGACUGCAUAAUCUUACAAUAAUUACAGCAUAUUCUUUCUGAAGCUAGAGCAGCACAUAAAAAUGGAGGGAAAAUAAGACUUUCUCACAAUUUCCUCUCAAUGCACACAGUUUAGGUGCACCCAUACUAAAAUAAAUGUAGCUGUGUGUACCAGGACAGGCUGCCAAGCAGGCUUUGGAUCUUCAAAAUUGUAGAGGUCUUGUCUCUGCCUUAUGCACCAGCAGGUAUGAAGAAGGCACUAGGAAGUAAGUCAGUCAGUGCACCAUGUUUGUUGUGGAAAGGUAGGGAGGGAGACAGGGUGAGAGUUGUCCAGUUUGUGCUCUGACUGUCAGAGACGGGAGUGAGGGGGUGUGAGAGAAAGGAUCGCUUGAGCUACAUCUGCUGACAUCUCUUAUCAGGCUGUUACGUGCAUUCCAAACACUGGAACACAAAGCUACCCAAUUUAAGAAUCAAAAAGCCUGUUUAGUUCCCCAUAAAUGUCAGUGAUAAAAAAAUAUUUUGUUUUUUUAUCAGUUUUAUUGGCCUCAAAUGCCAAGCAGAUUGUGUUGCUUUGAUUUUGUUGCCUUUGUACAUAGGCACAGGUCUAGGGGAAAACCUUUCUUCCCCCUGAGAAAUACUAUUUCCUUUUAUUACAUUAUCUCACAAGGUCAUGCUGAAUAUACAGUGGGGGAAAAAAGUAUUUAGUCAGCCACCAAUUGUGCAAGUUCUCCCACUUAAAAAGAUGAGAGAGGCCUGUAAUUUUCAUCAUAGGUACACAUCAACUAUGACAGACAAAUUGAGAUUUUUUUUCUCCAGAAAAUCACAUUGUAGGAUUUUUAAUGAAAUUAUUUGCAAAUUAUGGUGGAAAAUAAGUAUUUGGUCACCUACAAACAAGCAAGAUUUCUGGCUCUCACAGACCUGUAACUUCUUCUUUAAGAGGCUCCUCUGUCCUCCACUCGUUACCUGUAUUAAUGGCACCUGUUUGAACUUGUUAUCAGUAUAAAAGACACCUGCCCACAACCUCAAACAGUCACACUCCAAACUCCACUAUGGCCAAGACCAAAGAGCUGUCAAAGGACACCAGAAACACAAUUGUAGACCUGCACCAGGCUAGGAAGACUGAAUCUGCAAUAGGUAAGCAGCUUGGUUUGAAGAAAUCAACUGUGGGAGCAAUUAUUAGGAAAUGGAAGACAUACAAGACCACUGAUAAUCUCCCUCGAUCUGGGGCUCCACGCAAGAUCUCACCCCGUGGGGUCAAAAUGAUCACAAGAACGGUGAACAAAAAUCCCAGAACCACACGGGGGGACCUAGUGAAUGGCCUGCAGAGAGCUGGGACCAAAGUAACAAACCCUACCAUCAGUAACACACUACGCCGCCAGGGACUCAAAUCCUGCAGUGCCAGACGUGUCCCCCUGCUUAAGCCAGUACAUGUCCAGGCCCGUCUGAAGUUUGCUAGAGUGCAUUUGGAUGAUCCAGAAGAGGAUUGGGAGAAUGUCAUAUGGUCAGAUGAAACCAAAAUAGAACUUUUUGGUAAAAACUCAACUCGUCGUGUUUGGAGGACAAAGAAUGCUGAGUUGCAUCCAAAGAACACCAUACCUACUGUGAAGCAUGGGGGUGGAAACAUCAUGCUUUGGGGCUGUUUUUCUGCAAAGGGACCAGGACGACUGAUCCGUGUAAAGGAAAGAAUGAAUGGGGCCAUGUAUCGUGAGAUUUUGAGUGAAAACCUCCUUCCAUCAGCAAGGGCAUUGAAGAUGAAACGUGGCUGGGUCUUUCAGCAUGACAAUGAUCCCAAACACACCGCCCGGGCAACGAAGGAGUGGCUUCGUAAGAAGCAUUUCAAGGUCCUGGAGCGGCCUAGCCAGUCUCCAGAUCUCAACCCCAUAGAAAAUCUUUGGAGGGAGUUGAAAGUCCGUGUUGCCCAGCGACAGCCCCAAAACAUCACUGCUCUAGAGGAGAUCUGCAUGGAGGAAUGGGCCAAAAUACCAGCAACAGUGUGUGAAAACCUUGUGAAGACUUACAGAAAACGUUUGACCUGUGUCAUUGCCAACAAAGGGUAUAUAACAAAGUAUUGAGAAACUUUUGUUAUUAACCAAAUACUUAUUUUCCACCAUAAUUUGCAAAUAAAUUCAUUAAAAAUCCUAUAAUGUGAUUUUCUGGAUAUUUUUUUCUCAUUUUGUCUGUCAUAGUUGACGUGUACCUAUGAUGAAAAUUACAGGCCUCUCUCAUCUUUUUAAGUGGGAGAACUUGCACAAUUGGUGGCUGAAUAAAUACUUUUUUCCCCCACUGUAAAUACUAAAUGUGGUUAUAUAGGAGAGACCACAGCCACUAUCUACUGUCUACAGCGCUCUGUGGUGUGACUGGGAAUUGUCAGCUGGACCCUAGUGUUAGACCUCCAUUGAUAACCAGACAUUGUCGAUCUUCACAUUGUUUGGCCCCAUUGAAGUUUUAAUGAGAUCUGUUCAAACAAUGAGUAUGUUUACAUGCACAGUAAUAAUUCAAUAUUAAACUGAUUAUGGCAGUAGGCAGAUUAUUACUCUGCUUAUCUAAAUCGGAGUACGGUCAAAAUCGAAGUAAGCAUAGAAUGAUUAAAACACCUGGUUUUCUGAGCAAUCUUUCAAAUUAUUAGGACAUGUAAACACCUUAAUCGGCGUUCCAGUGGUGUAUAUGAUCUGUGCAUGUUCUAGCACCAGCCGAGCGAGCCUCCCUCUUUAGCGCGAGUCAAUUGACUUCAGAACAACUGUAUGUAUGCGUCUUAGAAGUAGUUUUCACAUUCAACUCGGAAUCAAAUAUGCUUCCCAAAAAUAACAUGGUUGUUUUGGAAGAAUGUUUAUUUUGAUUGGUCAUUUUCUGCAUUUAUCAGAGUGCCAUUAGGAAGCCUGAUUUCAGAUGUGUCCAUGUAAACAGGAUUAUUAGGGAAAUCGUUCUUCUUGCACAGCAUAAUCAAACUAUUAUCUUAAUCUGACUAUCCACAAUAAUCACAAUAAUCACAUGCAUGUAACCAUACUCAUUGUGUGGGGUGUUAUUAGGCCUGGUGAAUUUAUAGGUUAUUCUUUGUCACUGCUGUUCUGAACCUGGAACGGAGAUGGCUAUUCUGAGUCUCAAGAGAAUGAUUAUCAGUAUCUGCUGCCAGUUCCAGUAAAAGCUAAUGAUUGAGUGUGUUGGGCAGAUUAUUUCAUCAAUAGACUCAUCAGACCUAUACUUACUCAGAGCCACAUGCCACUGAGGGAUGCCAGUACAACAGAGUCCAAUCAAGCCUAGAUAAACGGAUAGUUCUAGUUCCUACAUUAGGUAAACGAUUAGUUCUAUUUCACUUGCUUUGGCAAUGUAAACAUUGGUUUCCCAUGCCAAUAAAGCCCAUUGAAUUGAAUUGAAUUGAAUAGUUGGAUAUCAGUAGGCCACAGCCUGCAUGUGUUUCAGUUCAUAAUUAGCUCAAAAGAAGGAUUUCAACAGGCUUAGUUAGCUGCAGCAUUAGCUGAUAGGCUUUCACAGAAAAUACCUUCAAAUUGCUUCUAAAUUCUCAGCUGAUCCCGCUCGAAGUUAUGCUGGUGUUGGGUUGCAAAUGUCACAGGGUGCCAUAACUUAUUUAACAGCUUUCAUUUUCAAUGUAUUUCCCUUGAGCUGUGGUGAUUAUAGGGGUUUACACAGUCAGUCUAUGUGUCUAUCUGGUGGUGUGUAGUUGUUCUUUUCCAUGUGAUGUCACAUAUAUUUAGAAUAGCUUAUUGCAGAUCAUUAGGCCUAUGUAUAGUUGCCUGGUAAGGGACACCUAAUUCAGAAGUAUGAUGGGAAGUUAUUUUGAUGACAAGUGAUAGUGAAUCUUGGUCUGUAGUAGAGAGAGUAAGUAGUAUCAUUCGCUGGAACAGGAAGCAAAAUCAGCCUCUAGUGAUGAGGGGUGUUGGGAAAUCCAAAGGGCGUUAGGGAAAUGUGUUUACUGUGUGUGAAAUCUAUAGUCACAGCUCACACACACACACACACACACACACACACACACACACACACACUCUCUCUCUCUGAUUCUAUCCACAGUGACAGUCUAUGUCACUUAGGUCUUUUGACAGUUUUUAGAGACUGUUUCUCACUUAGGAUUCUGUGUCUCACUUGUUCUUGAUCUCUCGCUCUGUCUGUCUCUCUCUCUCGCCCCCCCCCCCCCCCCCAAAAAAAAACUCUCUCUCUCUCUCUGUCAGACAGAGGAGGUCAACAUAGAGCCACGUAGCAUUGUGUGUAUUUAGCGGAGCAGGGCCCUGGCUCCCAGGCUGAACUGUUGGUUUGGGGAAACUUUGUGCCCAGUGGAGCGGCGACUGACUUUGUACUGCACUCUGGUCACCCUGGUCAGUGGAUGCAUUUUGUGUGUGUGUGUGUGUAGGGGAGUGUUAAUGUGUGUGUCUCUGUGGCUGUGUGCGGCACAGGAGCUGCUGAGCCGAACCUCAUUGGAGACCCAGAAACUAGAUCUGAUGGAUGAGGUUUCCUACCUGAAACUGAAGCUGGUCGGCAUGGACGAGGAACAGAACCACAACGACAGCAGCGAGGACCAACAGAACAAAGCUGAGGUAGAGUACUGUAGUACAGGCUGGCAGGAGGGGAGAGGAUGGGCAUGUAAGAAUCACACACUGAGCUGGUUAACCAUGAAACAUAACUUAAACUUGACUUAAACUCAGCCUAUUCUGAAAAUGAAAAGCACUCCACUCAGGGCUUUGUAUGGUGGCACCAUUAACCCGCAGCUGUUAACAAGAGUCCCACAAAGCCUUAUGAAGUGAGCCAACUUAGUAUAUUUUCUAGUUCGAACAGGACUGGAAUGCCAAGUGAAAAACAACAUAAUUCCAUCAGUAGCAAGUGUGGUCUCAGUGUGGUCUCUCAGUGCCUUUACCAGCUUCAUGACCCACCUGUUGUUCUCUUUGAGGCUGGCUGGGUAGAAACCACACGUGGAAUGUUUAUUUGAUGUUGCACAGACCACAAUGUGCUCUAAUGUGUCAGCAGGCCUAUGUAGAGCUUUCAGAUACUUCAGGAGAAACUUGGCAUGAAGAAAAUGAAAUCUCUAUUACCUUGAGAAUAGCAAUUCACAAGUAGCCUCACUUUCAGUCUUAGAAGAGUUACAUGGCUGGGGAAAAGAGACUACAGGAGUAGUGAACAAAGGAUUUCAGUUAAAACGGCAUAAACAUGUAGGUCUGUAGGUUCACUUUGACCCAUUUAUAUGGCCACUCCAAACCUAUAGGUUUAUAGUAAAGAGAAACAGGUGGUCUCCAGAGCCUGGGACACCCCAAUGGGACACCCCAAGAAGAUCAAACACUCUCCCUAGACAGACAGGUGGCCCCCUAGACAGGCUGUAAAGUUCCCCUCACAGGAGCACCUCCUCUGUAGGUCUGUCAGAGCCCUGGUCAUCCACUGACUGGUCACCAUUUUAUAACUUUAUUAGGAACUGCCAUGACCAGACCAGCUCUGUGGCUUUCUGCUCUAGUGUAUUGGGCUAAUAAAGGACAUGAGUCUUCCAGUUACUGUGAACAGUUACAAUAAUAUUAGAAGUACAAUUGUAACUGUUCACAGUAACUGGAAGACGUUUGUCCAUUAUAAGAGCUUAUACAACUGUUUGAUUGCAGACAUUAAUUCAUUUAGUUCCUCUGACUGUAUCCAGAGCUAAGUCAGACACGUCCGUGUGCUUGCUGGAUUCCACCUCAUGUUAUGUGUUGCGUCAUCCCUCUGGAGAAGGGGCAGGUGCGACCACAUGCAGUCAGCUCAACUCCAACAACCUGACCAACUACUCCAAACAAACACCCCAGUCCAGUUCACCAGCAACAGCACCUCCGCCUCUCCUCAAUGAGCCCUUUGUGCUGCUUUGUUCAUUGUAUCACACCCAGCUGCUCUCAAAUGGCGCUGCAGCAUGCGAAUAUGAGACCUUGAAAAAGAGGGGAGGAGGAGAGGCAGACUUUGCCUGUGAUGUUGGCAGUGUUUUAUCUCUCUGUCUGUCUCUCUGUCUGUCUGUCACCAGAGCCUCAGCCCAGUAACAACUCCCAGUCUAUCUGUCACCAGAGCCUCAGCCCAGUAACAACCCCCAGUCUGUCUGUCACCAGAGGAUCUGGCCUUGUUAAAUAAACAUAAUUUAGUGUUGUGGACGUCCGCUGAGGCCCAGGGAACCCAAACGCCCCGGCUGCCCCAAACGGCGAUUUAGAGAUUGAUAAGCAGGGCUGGAAAUUGCCAGAGACACAAAAUCUUGGCGGGGCCUAAACGAGAGCCGCUGACAGACAGUGGGCAGAUGGGAAAUGGCAGCGUGGAGAAGGGCAGGCUGUGCUCCAGACAUUCUGGUGAGCGCAAAAAGACGCUGAACACAUUUACACAGCAGAUUGGACGUGAGGGGCACAUUUAUUCGAAAUUAAAUCGCUAUCUGAUUCAGAAUCUUGCGAUAACAUGAGCAAACUUCUGUAACUGUUGGUAACAGUGACAUUAUGCAGAGUUACAUUUACAUUACAUUUUAGUCAUUUAGCAGACGCUCUUAUCCAGAGCGACUUACAGUUAGUGAGUGCAUACAUUUUUUUAAUUUUUUCCAUAUUGGAAUCGAACCCACAACCCUGGCGUUGCAAAUGCCAUGCUCUACCAACUGAGCUACAUCUCUGCCGGCCAUUCCCUCCCUUACCCUGGACGACGCUGGGCCAAUUGUGCGCCGCCCCAUGGGUCUCCCGGUCGCGGCCAGCUACGACAGAGCCUGGAUUGUCUUGGGGACAGAGUAGUACAGUGAAGGGAAAAAAGUAUUUGAUCCCCUGCUGAUUUUGUAGGUUUGCCCACUGACAAAGAAAUGAUCAGUCUAUAAUUUUAAUGGUAGGUAUAUUUGAACAGUGAGAGACAGAAUAACAACAACAAAAAUCCAGAAAAACUCAUGUCAAAAAUGUUAUAAAUUGAUUUGCAUUUUAAUGAGGGAAAUAAGUAUUUGACCCCCUCUCAAUCAGAAAGAUUUCUGGCUCCCAGGUGUCUUUUAUACAGGUAACGAGCUGAGAUUAGGAGCACACUCUUAGAGGGAGUGCUCCUAAUCUCAGCUUGUUACCUGUAUAAAAUACACCUGUCCACAGAAGCAAUCAAUCAAUCAGAUUCCAAACUCUCCACCAUGGCCAAGACCAAAGAGCUUUCCAAGGAUGUCAGGGACAAGAUUGUAGACCUACACAAGGCUGGAAUGGGCUAUAAGACCAUCGCCAAGCAGCUUGGUGAGAAGGUGACAACAGUUGAUAUGAUUAUUCGCAAAUGGAAGAAACAAAAUAAUUGUCAAUCUCCCUCGGCCUGGGGCUCCAUGCAAUAUCUCACCUCGUGAAGUUGCAAUGAUCAUGAAAACGGUGAGGAAUCAGCCCAGAACUACACGGGAGGAUCUUGUCAAUGAUCUCAAGGCUGCUGGGACCAUAGUCACCAAGAAAACAAUUGGUAACACACUACGCCGUGAAGGACUGAAAUCCUGCAGCGCCCGCAAGGUCCCCCUGCUCAAGAAAGCACAUAUACAGGGCCGUCUGAAGUUUGCCAAUGAACAUCUGACUGAUUCAGAGGAGAACUGGGUGAAAGUGUUGUGGUCAGAUGAGACCAAAAUCGAGCUCUUUGGCAUCAAACUCAACUCGCCGUGUUUGGAGGAGGAGGAAUGCUGCCUAUGACCCCAAGAACACCAUCCCCACCGUCAAACAUGGAGGUGGAAACAUUAUGCUUUGGAGGAGUUUUUCUGCUAAGGGGACAGCACAACUUCACCGCAUCAAAGGCACGAUGGACGGGGCCAUGUACCGUCAAAUCUUGGGUGAGAACCUCCUUCCCUCAGCCAUGGCAUUGAAAAUGGGUCGUGGAUGGGUAUUCCAGCAUGACAAUGACCCAAAACACACGGCCAAGGCAACAAAGGAGUGGCUCAAGAAGAAGCACAUUAAGGUCCUGGAGUGGCCUAGCCAGUCUCCAGACCUUAAUCCCAUAGAAAAUCUGUGGAGGGAGCUGAAGGUUCGAGUUGCCAAACGUCAGCCUCGAAACCUUAAUGACUUGGAGAAGAUCUGCAAAGAGGGGUGGAACAAAAUCCCUCCUGAGAUGUGUGUAAACCUGGUGGCCAACUACAAGAAACGUCUGACCUCUGUGAUUGCCAACAAGGGUUUUGCCACCAAGUACUAAGUCAUGUUUUGCAGAGGGGUCAAAUACUUAUUUCCCUCAUUAAAACAUGUGUUUCUCUGGAUUUCUCUGGAUUUUUUUGUUGUUAUUCUGUCUCUCACUGUUCAAAUAAACCUACCAUUAAAAUUAUAGACUGAUCAUGUCUUUGUCAGUGGGCAAACAUACAAAAUCAGCAGGGGAUCAAAUACUUUUUUCCCUCACUGUAAGUGUUAUUGACAGAGAGGGAAGCUCGUGGGUUUACCAUGUAAUGUACACAGCCUGUCGGGUCAUGAGUCUUUGACCUCGUCCCAUAAAUCCAUGAUAUCCGGGCAGAGCGGGACUCCACGCCGGUUGCGGUGCCAUGGUAACCUGAAACCAGUCUGCAUUUGUUUCAUCCACAAACACUGUCCCUGGAAGAGACAGCUGCUAGCCUUCAUGCACCAAGGGGUAAUGGCAGAAAUUCACUUGGAACACUCCACAAGUGCGAACAUGUUCACCCCAGAGACCCCCCCUCGACCACCAAGCUCAGAACAUACAGCUAUAUAUAGAGGGGGAAUGUGUCUUAUCAUCAGCUGUACUGUCAGUGUAACAUAAACUGGGACUUUCAUAUGAAACUUCCUCUGUCCACAAGCUAGGCAUUUCUGUCAGCGUAUCCAAGAUUAGGACAUUAAACCACCACCCCAGCCCCUCCCUUCUCAGGGAAUGGACUUUUCUACUCUAGUGAAAGAUUCCAAACAUAAAAUCAAACGUUUGUUACCGUUUCACUUGUUUCUAUCAAACAAACACUUCGGUUGAAUUCUAGUUGGCCAAAAUGUUAAUAAUCUAGUUAGGAAUUUACUCGCUGUCCUUAAUCUUCGAAGCCUUCCAAUUCCUCAGGGAAGUAAAGGGACCUUCUGGCCAGCAGCCAGAUAAGGCAGUCUUCACAUUUGCACUUUGAGAACUUGCAAAGUAGCUCAGAAACUUUGUUUACGGUGCCUGGCAGUGUGACAGUUUAACUGUGUUUAACAUGGCACCGUACAGAUCUGCCCCCCAGAGGUCCCUUUACCCUCACCCUAGUAAAAACCACUUCUGUUAUGUGUUACAUCUAUAUAUAUAUAUAUAUAUAUAUAUAUAUAUAUAUAUAUAUAUAUAUAUAUAUAUAUAUAUAUAUAUGGCCAAAAGUAUGUUGACAUGCCUUCAAAUUAGUGGAUUCGGCUGUUUCAGCCACUCCCGUUGCUGACAGGUGUAUAAAAUCAAGCAAACAGCCAUGCAAUCUCCAUAGACAAACAUUGGCUUGGCAGUAGAAUGGCCCAUACUGAAGAGCUCAGUGACUUUCAACGUUGCACUGUCAUAGUAUACCACCUUUCCAACAAGUCAGUUCGUCAAAUUCCUGCCCUGCUAGAGCAGCCCCGGUCAACUGUAAGUGAUGUUAUUGUGAAGUGGUAGGCCACAUAAGCUCACAGAACGGGACCACCCAGUGCUGAAGCGUGUAGCACGUAAAAAUCGUCUGUCCUCGUUUGCAACACUCACCACCGAGUUCCAAACUGCCUCUGGCAGCAACGUCAACACAAUAACUGUUCGUCGGGAGCUUCAUGAAAUGGGUUUCCAUGGCCGAGCAGGCGCACACAAGCCUAAGAUCACCAUACGCAAUGACAAGCGUUGCCUGGAGUGCUGUAAAGCUCGCCGCCAUUGGACUCUGGAGCAGUGGAAAUAAGUUAUCUGGAGUGAUGAAUCACGCUUCAACAUCUGACAGUCCGAUGGACGAAUCUGGGUUUGGCGGAUGCCAGGAGAACGCUACCUGCCCCAAUGCAUAGUGCCAACUGUAAAGUUUGUUGGAGGGGGAAUAAUGGUCUGGGGCUAUUUUUCAUGGUUCGGGCUAGGCCCCUUAGUUCCAGUGAAGUGAAAUCUUAACGCUACAGCAUACAAUGACAUUAUACACGAUUCUGUGCUUCCAACUUUGUGGCAACAGUUUGCGGAAGGCCCUUUCCUCUUUCAGCAUGACAAUGCCCCCGUUCACAAAGCGAGGUCCAAACAGAAGUGGUUUGUCGAGAUCGGUAUGGAAGAACUUGACUGGCCAGCACAGAGCCCUGACCUCAACCCCAUCGAACACCUUUGGGAUGAAUUAGAAUGCCGAUUGCGAGCCAGGCCUAAUUGCCCAACAUCAGUGCCCGACCUCACUAAUUCUAUUGUGGCUGAAUGGAAGCAAGUCCCCGCAGCAAUUUCAAACAUCUAGUGGACAGCCUUCCCAGAAGAGUGGAGGCUGUUAUAGCAGCAAAGGGGGGACCAACUCCAUAUUAAUGCCCAUGAUUUUGGAAUGAGAUGUUCGACGAGCAGAUGUCCACAUACUUUUGGUAAUGUAGUGUGUAUAUAUAUAUAUAUAUAUAUAUAUAAGCCUUCAUGGUCGAAUUGCUGCAAAGAAACCACUACUAAAGGACACCAAUGAGAGGAAGAGACCUGCUUGGGCCAAGAAAACACAAGCAAUGGACAUUAGACCGGUGGAAAUGUGUCCUUUGGGCUGGAGUCCAUAUUGGAGAUUUUUGGUUCCAACCGCCGUGUCUUUGUGAGACGCGGUGUGGCUGAACGGAUGAUCUCCACAUGUGUAGUUCCCACCGUAAAGCAUGGAAGAGGUGUUAUGGUGUGGGGGUGCUUUGCUGGUGACACUGUCUGUGAUUUAUUUAGAAUUCAAGGCACACUUAACCAGCAUGGCUACAACAGCAUUCUGCAGUGAUAAGCCAUCCCAUCUGGGCUUAGUGGGACCAUCAUUUGUUUUUCAACAGGACAAUGACCCAACACACCUCCAGGCUGUGUAAGGGCUAUUUUACCAAGAAGGAGAGUGAUGGAGUGCUGCAUCAGAUGACCUGGCCUCCACAAUCCCCCGACCUCAACCCCAUUGAGAUGGUUUGGGAUGAAUUGGACGGCAGAGUGAAGGAAAAGCAGCCAACAAGUGCUAAGCAUAUGUGGGAACUCCUUCAAGACCGUUGGAAAAGCAUUACAGGUGAAGCUGGUUGAGAGAAUGCCAAGAGUGUGCAAAGCUGUCAUCAAGGCAAAGGGGUGGUUAUUUGAAGAAUCUCAAAUGUUACUUUUUUUUUUUUUAUGGUUACUACAUGAUUCCAUAUGUGUUAUUUCAUAGUUUUGAUGUCUUCACUAUUAUUCUACAAUGUAGAAAAUAGUAAAAAUAAAGAAAAACCCUUGAAUGAGUAGGUGUGUCCAAACUUUUGACUGGUACUGUAUAAUACAGUGCUAUGAAAAAGUAUUUGCCCCCUUACUAAUUUUCUCUACUAUUGCAUAUUUGUGAUACUGAACGACAUGGUUCCAGUAAUGCCUGGCGAAAACCAAACUCUGCUUUCCACAGUAAGAACAUCAUACCAAAGGUCAAGCAUGGUGGUGGUGGUGUGAUGGUUUGGGGAUGCUUUGCUGCCUCAGGACCUGGACGACUUGCCUUAAUAGAAGGAACCAUGAAUUAUGCUCUGUAUCAGAGAAUUCUACAGGAGAAUGUCAGACCAUCCGUCUGUGAGCUGAAGCGCAGCUGGGUCAUGCAGCAAGACAAUGAUCCAAAACACACAAUCAAGUCAAUAUGAAAAUUGCUAACAAUCAACAAAUUGGAAGUUUUGGAAUGGCCUAGUCAAAGUCCAGACCUAAUCCCAAUUGAGAUGUUGUGGCAGGACUUGAAAUGAGCAGUUCAUGCUUGAAAACCCACACGUCACUGAGUUAAAGCAGUUCUGCAUGGAAGAGUGGGCCAAAAUUCCUCCACAGCGACGUGAGAGACUGAUCAACAACUACAGGAAGCAUUUGGUUGGAGUCAUUGCAGCCAGUUAUUGUGUGUAAGGGGGCAAUUACUUUUUCACACAGGGGAAUUGGGUGUUGCAUAACUUUGUUUAUGAAAUAAAUAUGUAAUUGUUAUGUUAUUUGUUCACUUAUGUUCCCUUUAUCUAAUAUUAGGUUUUGGUUGAAGAUCUGAUAACAUUCAGUAUCACAAAUAUGCAAAAGUAGAGAAAAUUAGAAAGGGGUCAAAUACCUCCAAUUGACUCAAAUGAUGUCAAUUAGCCUAUCAGAAGCUUCUAAAGCCAUGACAUAAUUUUCUGGAAUUUUCCAAGCUGUUUAAAAGCACAGUCAACAUUGUGUAUUUAAACUUCUGACCCACUGGAACUGUGAUACAGUGAAUUAUAUGUGAAAUAAUCUGUCUGUAAACAAUUGUUGGAACAAUUACUUGUGUCAUGCACAAAGUAGAUGUCUUAACCGACUAUAGUUUGUUAAACUAUAGUUUGGUAAAAAGAAAUUUGUGGAGUGGUUGAAAAACGAGUUUUAAUGACUCCAACCUAAGUGUAUGUAAACUUCUGACUUCAACUGUAUAUACUGCAUUUAUACAGUGUGUGUAUGUAUGUGUGUAUAUAUAUAUAUAUAUAUAUAUAUGUUAUUGUUUUUUUAACAUAAAAACAAAAUAACCACAGCAGUGCAUAUCAUUUUGAAUGUUUUUUUUUCUUUUCUUUUAUUUUGUGUUUUGUAUUUUCUUCUCCCUCUCUCAGUGUGUGGUAAAUCUGAUAAGCGAGCUCCAGGAGCAGAUGUGUAGGUUUCAGGAGGAGAUCCAUACCCGCAUCAUGGAGAAACGGGCCAUGGAGGCCCAGGGGGAGGCCCAGGGGGAGGCCCAGGGGGAGAGUGGUGCCCGCGAGGCCCACGACCAGAACCCCGACGUGGGCUUGGGUGGUUCUGACGUGGAUGAGUUUUGCUGUCGCUGUGGAGGACAGAAUGUAGGCAGUACCCAUGGACACGCUACCCCCCUCUCUCCUAACUACCAUCCUCCCUAACCUUCUAGAAUCCUCUACUGGGUCUAGUACUUAACCUUUCUCCUUACAGUGACCGACGUCUCUACCUCUACUACUACAGUGUGUGGGAAUCCUGUGUACUGUUUGCCUCCAUAUCCGGGUGUUUUUUGGUUUAGUUUGUUUUUUUGGUGUAGAUCAGCUUUAAUAUUGCAGAUUGUGGCUUCCAUCAAUGUAAUUGUCUGCAUCAUUUCCAAUCCCCCAUAUAUAUUUUUUGUAAAUAGAUAUAUAAAAUAUCCGGGUGUUAACUCAUUGUAAGUGGUGUGGUGUGGUGUGUUUGCAUGACUGUGGUUCACCUUAUUAAUGCAACCAAGGUUUACUGGUCACUGUGUCCAAAUACUGGGCUUGGUUGAUGGCUUAUGCUCCUACCCUGUCUCUAAAUGUGAGAUAAAUUCAAAUCUAUCUACUUCAGUCACUUUUUCAAAGUUUUUUAUGAUUUUAUGAAAUUGUCCAAGAAACAUUAUAUCCUUGUUGCCAGUUUGUUUCAAUAUUCAGCCUUGACAUAACUUUUUUUAAAGGGACCAAAUGGAUGCUGAAACAAACUGGCAACCAGACUAGCUAACUGACUGGUAAUGGCCAUAACCAUUGGUCCUUUUGAGGAGCCUGAGCCAUCACUACUUAGUACAGUAUAGGGCAGGGGUAUUCAACUCUUACCCUACGAGGUCCGGAGCCUGCUGGUUUUCUGUUCUACCUGAUAACUAAUUGCACCCACCUGGUGUCCCAUGUCUAAAUCAGUCCCUGAUUAGAGGGGAACAAUAAAUAACAAAAGCAGUGGAACUGGCUUCGAGGUCCAGAGUUGGGUUUGAGGGGUAUAGGGGCUGACUGACUGGUCACAUGUUAAAAGGGUCAUCUGCUGCCUUUCCUGGGAUGUGGAGGUUAAACUUUUUAUGUAUUAACUGCACGGUGUUCUGGCUGUUAAGGGAUCAAAUUACGUGGGUCAACAUUUGAAAACUUCCGUUCUACUUUUUGGUGUAACAUGUUCAUUUAUAAACUGAGAGAACCAUGUUUGUAUCCAACAUUGGUUUUUGACUGGAGAAAUUGGCAUUUUCGUGUGGAAGGCACAGUGAAGAGCAUGGUGUUUUUGGUCUGGAGAUUUUACAUCAAAGGGACACAGUUAUUUUCAAUUAAAAUGUUACAAUAUGUUCUGUGUUAUUGACAGGGCUUACUGCAAGAACUCCGUCUCCUCAAGAGUAAAGUGGAUGUGCUGGAGGUGGAGAAAUCACAGUAUGAGAGAAAACUAAAGGCCACAAAGGUAAAAAAAAACUUCAUUUCUGUCACUUUUUUGCUUUACAGUUAUCUAUCUGUCAGUUUAGUUUAUUCACAUGGCACUUUAAGGUGACACCCACUUUAGUUGGUUUUCUAGCAAAUUAAUAUUCCUAUUUCCUUUGAAAAACAUAACUGUUUCAAUUUUACUUUGUUGCUCUUAGCAACUCCAAUUUUGGAGGUAAACUUUGUUCCUAUCUUCCAGCUUACUUUCCACCCAUUCUGGCUUUCUCUCCCUCUAGCUGUCUAUCUCUUGCUCUCUCCAUGUGUGUUACCAGUCGCUCAUGACCAAGCUCUCUAGCCUGAAACUCACUGUAGAGCACACUCAGGUGGAGAAGCAGCACUGGGAGGAGCGAUGGCGGACCGCUCAGGUGCCUCUUCUUCUUCCUCACCCUAAUCCCUCUUUCAUGCUGACUACUCCUUCUCCUUCCCCCUCUGCUCCUGUUGUUCUCCGCCUCCACCUCACUCUGCACCUGUCCCUCUUCCUCCUCCUCAUCCUCCCUUCCUCUUGUUAACACCAUGGUUGUGGAAUCUCAUUCACCCAAUCCCUCACAGGUUCAGGUGGUUCUACAUUUACAUUUACAUUUUAGUCAUUUAGCAGACGCUCUUAUCCAGAGCGACUUACAGUUAGUGAAUAGAUAUUUUUUUAUGCUGGCCCCCCGUGGGAAUCGAACCCACAACCCUGGCGUUGCAAACGCCAUGCUCUAUCAACUGAGCUACAUCCCUGCCGGCCAUUCCCUCCCCUACCCUGGACAACGCUGGGCCAAUUGUGCGCCGUCCAUGAGUCUCCCGGUCGCGGCCGGCUGCGACAGAGCCUGGAUUCGAACCAGGAUCUCUAGUGGCACAGUUAGCACUGCGAUGCAGUGCCUUAGACCACUGCGCCACUCAGGAGUUCUACUGAGAUCAUGUGGGUAGAGUUUACUAGGAGUAUUGUCAUCUGUAUGACUAGCCACUGUACGGAAUCCAUAUGAGGAACAUUCCUCUGAUGAUGUUCCUAAUAUGGAUUCCAUACCAUUUUCUACUUUUAGUUAAAUAAUGGGGAAUUAUACUGAACAAAAAUAUAAAUGCAACGAUUAUACGAGGUACAGUUCAUAUAAGGAAAUCAUUAGGGCCUAAUCUAUGGAUUUCACAUGACUGGGCAGGGGCACAGCCAUGGGUGGGCCUGGGGAGCCAGGCCCAGUCAAUCAGAAUGAGUUUUUCCCCACAAAAGGGAUUUAUUACAGACAGAAAUACUCCUCAGUUUCAUCAACUGUCCGGGUGGCUGGUCUCAGACGAUGUGGUGAAGAAGCCGGAUGUGGAGGUCCUGGGCUGGCGUGGUUACACGUGGUCUGCAGUUGUGAGGCCGGUUUGACGUACUGCCAAAUUCUCUAAAAUGACGUUGGCGGCUUAUGGUAGAGAAAUUAACAUUCAAAAUCUCUGGCAACAGCUCUGGUGGACAUUCCUGCAGCCAGCAUGCCAAUUGCACACUUCCUUAAAACUUGAGACAUCUGUGUCAUUGUGUUGUGUGACAAAACUGCACAUUUAAGAAUGGCCUAUUAUUGUCCCCAGCGCAAGGUGCACCUGUCUAUGAUCAUGCUGUUUAAUCGGGUUCUGUCAGGUGGAUGGAUUAUCUUGGCAAAGGAGAAAUGCUCACAAACAGAGAUGUAAACAAAUUUGUGCUGAAUAUUUGAGAGAAAUAAGCUUUUUGUGCAUAUGGAACAUUUCUGCGAACUUUUAUUUCAGCUCAUGAAACAUGGGAUCAACACUUUACAUGUUGGGUUUAUAUUUUUGUUCUGUGUAUUUAUAAAAUAUUCCUCCAAAAUAAGGAUAUGUACAUUGUUUUCUAUAUCUACGGGGGAGAAUGAGAGAGAAAAAGAGAAACAAACAAAUAGAGAAAAGGGAAGAGAGACCAAGCGAGCAAUGCUUUUGACAUUGACUCGUUCCGACAGCUCAAUAUUACUCCCCCGUCCUCCCCGACCAAGAACUAAUAAUACAGAACUUGGCAUGCUUCAAUUGCUAUCUGUUAUUCAAUGUACGGGUUCUGCAGAAGCGAGCUGAAGGGGGUCGAGGGGGCGAUACGUGCAUGUCUUAGGCUGCAGACAGACUGCCAUGUUUAGAAGAUCUAUCUAUCUGGCUAUACGCUGUGCUCAUCCAGAGGAGACGACUCACAAGUGUUUGUUUGUGUGGGCGUGAAUGGUAGAUGAUCGACUCUGAGACUUCCGACCAUUAAGUUCACUGACCAAGUGCAUGACCCCCUAUAGGAGUCUCUGUGGCCAUUGACUACCACCCACACAGGCUCCAGGCAGUUAAGCCAGAAUGGUCGUAGGCAGGCAGGCAAACAAUCACCAUGCUGACCUCCAGGCUGCCCCAUAGGCUAUCAUUGGAUUAGUGAGGUACCCUUUUUAAUGUGCAUGUGGUCUAUUGGGUUUGUACCAGGGGUUGGAACCGGUUCAGGGAACAGAACAGAAAACCGGAAAAUAACGAACUUUUUCGAGGAACAGAAUCAGAACCGGGAACGAAAGUGAUCUAUACUGUUCCGGAACAGAACUGUUAUUUUAAAAGCAUGGGAACCGGAUAAUAACGUUAUUUUACGUUCCCACAAAAAACACAACAAAGCGCCUAUGCAAAGCCCUCACUCUGUCACUCAGAAAUGUAUUCCAGUGUCUGCCUGCUAGCUGGAAGUCUUUGCCAGCGUGUGUGCAUGUGUAGGCAAUCUGCCCCUCCCCCUCCAAAGCUUAAGCUACUGUAGCCUACUGACGUUACAAGCGUGAUUCAGAAAAUAGGGAGAGAUUUUUAUUUCAAGAAGAAUGGAUUCCAUUUUUCAAUGCUAGUUAUGGAUAUCACAUUUCACAUUGGAUUUAUUAACUACAAAAAGGUAAGAGGUGUUUUUAAUUCUGGUGCCGCUCUGCACACACAAGCUUGUUAGCUAGCUAGAUAGCUAGCUCUGGUCCAACUUUAAGCCAACGCUCGGAUGUUCAAAGACAUUAAAAGUUCCUCCAUAGAAGCCGCUCCUCUGUAGAUAUUAUUCUGUGGGCCUAAUUCAGAUAAUGCAUUUCAUAACAAUGCCCAGCGCACCAAGACCUCUCUAACUCUCUCUCCACACGCAAAAUUUCACCUCCUACACUUGUCUGUCCAUCGCGCAUGUAAACAACUAAAGCCUAGGCAGCUGAUAGAUCGGCUGCCUAGUCUAAAACAACUAUAGCUUGCCCGCUCCAUAGCAAGCUGCUCCAUCCACAAGUCAUUUAAUGUCGAGCUAAUGAAAAGAAAAAAGUCAAUUUCAGAGGUUUAAAAAGGAACAUAAAGGAACAAUAUAAAUCUGUACUUUUUGGGGGGUUCAAACCGGUUUCAAAACUUUAUUUUGCAGGUCGAAACAGUGGAAUGGAACAAAAAAUAUAAUUUCAGUUCCAACCCUUGGUUUGUACUGCAGUGGUGAAGUGUACUGUUGUGCUCUCAUCCAGCCUCAUUCUCCAGUUCUGUCUACUACUGAACCUUAUUCCAAACCCCAUUGCUCAACCCUAACCCUGUGUGUUACCAGAGAAGGAUUGCUGCCCUUGUGUUUAAAGUGUUUGACUACAAUAGAUACAGAGCUUUUUAUUGACUUUUUAUUGACUUCAAACUGAAUUGAUCAGUAUUUGUUUGUCCUCCCUACGACACUAAGGACUUAAUCAGGACACCCCUCUUAUGCUUUUCCUCAUUGACGAAGACUUCAUUGCCCUGUCACCUUGGACCUACAGUGGGGUCCGAAAUUAUUGGCACCCUUGAUAAAGAUGAGCAAUAAUGACUGUAUAAAAUAAAUAAUUCAAAUACUGAGCUACACUACAUGACCAAAAGUAUGUGGACACCUGCUCGUCGAAUAUCUCAUUCCAAAAUCAUGGGCAUUAAUAUGGAGUUGGUCCCCCCUUUGCUGCUAUAACAGCCUCCACUCUUCUGGGAAGGCUUUCCACUAGAUGUUGGAACAUUGCUGGGGGGGACUUGCUUCCAUUCAGCCACAAGAGCAUUAUUGAGGUCAGGAACUGAUGUUGGGCGAUUAGGCCUGGCUCACAGGCGUUCCAAUUCAUCCCAAAGGUGUUCGAUGGGGUUUAGGUCAGGUCACUGUGCAGGCCAGUCAAGUUCUUCCACACCGAUCUCGACAAACCAUUUCUGUAUGGACCUCGCUUUGUGCACAGGGUCAUUGUCAUGCUGAAACAGGAAAGGGCCUUCCCCAAACUGUUGCCUCAAAGUUGGAAGCACAGAAUCGUGUAGAAUGUCAUUGUAUGCUGUAGCGUUAAGAACUGGAACUAAGGGGCCUAGCCCGAACCAUGAAAAACAGCCCCAGACCAUUAUUCCUCCUCCACCAAACUUUACAGUUGGCACUAUGCAUUGGGGCAGGUAGCGUUCUCCUGGCAUCCGCCAAACCCAGAUUCGUCCGUCGGACUGCCAGAUGAAGCGUGAUUCAUCACUCCAGAGAAUGCGUUUCCACUGCUCCAGAUUCCAAUGGCGGCGAGCUUUACAGCACUCCAGCCGACGCUUGGCAUUGCGCAUGGUGAUCUUAAGCUUGUGUACGGCUGCUCGGCCAUGGAAACCCUUUUCAUGAAGCUCCCAAUAAACAGUUAUUGUGCUGACGUUGCUUCCAGAGGCAAUUUAGAACUCGGUAGUGAGUGUUGCAACCGAGGACAGACGAUUUUUACACGCUACGCGCUUCAGCACUCGCCGGUCCCAUUCUGUGAGCUUGUGUGGCCUACCACUUCGCAGCUGAGCAGUUGUUGCUCCUAGACGUUUCCACUUCACAAUAACAGCACUUACAGUUGACCGGGGCAGCUCUAGCAGGGCAGAAAUUUGACGAACUGACUUGUUGGAAAGGUGGCAUCCUAUGACGGUGCCACGUUGAAAGUCACGGAGCUCUUCAGUACGGCCAUUCUACUGCCAAUGUUUGUCUAUGGAGAUUGCAUGGCUGUGUGCUCGAUUUUAUACACCUGUCAGCAACGGGUGUGGCUGAAAUAGCCGAAUCCACUAAUUUGAAGGGGUGUCCACAUACUUUUCUAUAAUGUAUGCAAAAAAAAAUUGGGGGAAAAUUAUAUUAUUGUAUACUAAUACAAUUGCUCAGAGAAGGAGAUUUUGUUUAACAAGUAAAAAAUAAUAAUCAUAUAAUCAAAAAUAUCAUAAAGGAAGGAGUAAAAAUUAUUGACAUCCCUAAAGAGUUGUAUAAAUAAAGUAGUCAAAAGUUUAGUAUUUGGUCCCAUAUUCCUAUCACCCAAUGAAUACAUCAAUCUUGUGACUUUACAAACUUGUUGGAUAUAUUUCAGUUCGUUUUGGGUUUGUUUCAGAUUAUUUUGUGCCCAGUAGAAAUUAAUGGCAAAUAAUGUAUAAUUGUGUCACUUUUAUUGUAAAUAAGAAUGGAAUAUGUUUUUAAACACUUCUACUUUAAUGUGGAUGCUACCAUGAUUACGGAUAAUUCGGAAUGAAUCGUGAAUAAGGAUGAGUGAGAAAGUUAUAGCAGGUCAAAGAUCAUACCCCCAAGACUAACCUCCCCUGUUAUUGGUAAUGGUGAGAAGUUAGCAUUCUCUUUCGCUGAGCAGUUGUAUUAGUAUAAAAUAAUAUACACUGAGUGUACAAAACAUUAAGAACACCUUCCUGAUAUUGAAUUGCACCCCCUUUUGCCCUCAGAACAGCCUCAAUUCGUCGGGGCAUGAACUCUACAAAGUGUCAAAAGCGUUCCACAGGGAUGCUGGCCCAUGUUGACUCCAAUGCUUCCCACAGUUGUGUCAAGUUGGCUGGAUGUCCUUUGGGUGGUGGACCAUUCUUGAUACACACGGGAAACUGUUGAGUGUGAAAAACUCUGUAGCGUUGCAGUUGUUGACACACUUAAACCAGUGCAGAUUUAGAUAAGGGAUCAUAGCUUUCACCUGGUCAGUCUAUGUCAUGGAAAGAGCAGAUGUUCCUAAUGUUUUUUACACUCAGUGUAAUUCCCCCCCCCCCCCCCCCCCCCCAAAAAAAAAAAUGUGCCUACAAUAUACAACUCAGUAUUUGAAUGAUUUAUUUUGCACAGUCAUUAUUGGUCAUAUUUAUCAAGGGUGUCAAUCAUUUCAGACCCCACUGUAUAGUGUAUGAGACCAAGGGCUCUAUUCAAUCUGCAUCGCGGAAGUUCAGCUUUACAGCGUGAUUGAAAUUUAAAGGCAAUGUUCCCGCUUUAGCAUAGACUGCAUUCAGGGUAAACGCUGCAUAUGUCGUCUCAAUCAGAAAUGACCUUUACAUUUCUAUCGCGGAAUCUGUAACGCUUCAGCUUUACAGAUUGAAUAGAGCCCCUAAUGUCAUAAUCAAAUCAACGUUUAUUGGUCGCGUACACCGAUUUGCAGAUGUUAUCGCAGGUGCAGCGAAAUGCUUGUGUUUCUAGCCCCAAUAGUGCAGUAAUACCUAGCAAUAAAUAACAAUACACACAUAAUACAAAUUAAAUAAAAACAUUUCAGAAAUAUCCGAACGAGCAAUGUCAGAGUCCGGAAUAUAAAUAUAAAUAUAUAUACAUAUAGUGGUGUGCAUAGAUGGUAUGGACAGUAUAUGUUUAGAAAAGGUAUGUAUAGCAAUAGUUAUAUAGGAUGAGCCAUGACUAGAAUGCAGUAUAUACAUAUAAAGUGUGUAAAAUAGAAUUUAAACUUUAUUAAAAUGACCAGUGUUCAAUGACUAUGUACAUAGGGCAGCAGUCUCUAAGACGCAGGGUAGAGUACCGAGUGGUAGCCAGCUAGUAACAGUAACAGUGACUAAGGCUCAGGGCAGUGGUGACUGUUUAACAGUCUGAUGGCCUGGAGAUGGAAGCUGUUUUUCAGUCUCUCGGUCCCAGCUUUGAUCGCACCUGUAUGGUCUCCGCCUUCUAGAUGGUAGCGCGGUGAACAGGCCGUGGCUUGGAUGGCUGUGGUUGUAAACAUGCAGGAUUGACUUGUAUCACUCCAUUGACCGUGACCCUCUUUCUACAGACGGAGAUAUCAGACCUACAGCAGAUACUGGCUUCCAAAGACUCUGAGAUCGAGGGCCUACAGAGACAGCUAGUCUCCAGAGGCCCAAUGACCAAUGAGAACCCAGAGAGAGGUAAAUUUACCUGUCAAACACACAUCAUACAUCAACAGUAACAAACACCAGGUGACUGACCAUUUUAACGCAUAAUGUCAUUACUUCAGCUGGUCCACCUCAAACUAAAUAUCAUCCACUAAUGCUUAUUCUAUUGUCAGGGCAGGGGGAACUUUGAUCAUUGACAUUUGAUAAUAAUAACUAAUUAUACAUAUUGAACCCAAGUUAUGGUUGUUUCGAGAUUGGAUUUUAAAUUAAGCUAGUCAUCUGCAUGUGUGACGUCAGGUAUGGUGCCUCAUUCAAAUAAUACCUAACAAAUGUCCUCUCUCUGCCCCCUCCACUGUUGUCUUUUUAUGCUAUGCUGCCCCCUGCUGUAGUGGAGGUCUUUAGGAGACUGCUGACAGACAAAUGUAAGGCCCUAGUCUGACUAAGCUCGUGUAGUUGUGGCCAUUGUGCAAUUCUGCUCCGCCGUCACAGCCUCUCUGUUCUGCUGUCUAAUCCACGCUGGCAUGCUGUCAUGUCUGUCACACCCAUUCCAUCAGCCCUGGCAGAUACAGAGGAGAGAAGGGAAGCUCUGACACAUCCUCCUCAUACUCACACCCAUGAGAACAGUCACUCCUCUUUCCCAUAGGGCUGUUCAUUUAGCUCUCGUUUUGUCGUCUAUGACGCUAAGGUCACUAGGCCAACCAUAUGAGACCUGUUUUAUUUCAGAAUUUAAAGGUGCAAUCUGCAAUAUUUCGGCUAAAGCUGGCCAAUUUACAUCUCAGUUAAUGAUAUACCCAUUGAAGAAUAUAACUUAUAAAUGCCUCAUGAGCUCAUGAUUACAACUUGAUUUAGGGGUGGACUUGAGGCCCUUACACUAGCUAAUUUUUUUCCCUCGAGGCUCCCACACCGGGCCAUUUUUUUUCCUUGAGGCCACCAGUAUUAGCCAGAUAAUAUUGUGCAAAAACCCAAACUUAGACUGGCCCUCUGGGCUAAAGAUGGACCAGCCCAUCUGUUGUUUGCAGUCCACUCCUCUGUCUCUCUGCCAUCUUGCGCCCUUUCCAUCAGAGUUAUGAACAGUUUAUAUUUAUAAAUUAUUGCUCUUAUUACUUUUUUUUUUUCUUCUGGUUUUCAGACCAAGAAUUCCAAAGGUUGAAAAUGGGGAUGGAGACUUUGUUAGCGGCAAAUGAUGAAAAGGUAUGUUUAAAAAAUAUCUGUUGUAUAGUGUGUAUAAUGUGUUAUCAUAUUAUAAUUUCUUGAAGUUAUACAAAGUGAAGGUAUGUUAUUAAAGUCCUUUCUGUUUGUGUCAGGACCGUCACAUAGAGGAGCUCACUGUUCUCCUGAGACAGUACAGGAAGAUGAAGGAGGUGAUGGCCCUCGCUCAAGGUAAUACACAUUCACUGCUUAUACAUACCUACUGCUUAUAUACUGUACACACUCACUGCUUAUACACACUCACUGCUUAUAUACUGUACACUCACUGCUUAUACACACUCACUGAUUUUAUACUGUACACACUCACUGCAUAUACACACUCACUGCUUAUACACUGUACACACUCAUUGCUUAUACACACUCACUGCUUGUACACACUCACUGCUUAUAUACUGUACACACUCACUGCUUGUACACACUCAUGCUUAUAUACUGUACACACUCACUGCUUAUACACACUCACUGCUUAUAUACUGUACACACUCACUGCUUAUACACAGUCACUGAUUUUAUACUGUACACACUCACUGCUUAUAUACACUCACUGCUUAUAUACUGUACACACUCACUGCUUUACACACUCACUGCUUGGACACACUCACUGCUUAUAUACUGUACACACUCACUGCUUUACACACUCACUGCUUGGACACACUCACUGCUUAUAUACUGUACACACUCACUGCUUAUACACACACUCACUGCAUAUACACACUCACUGCAUAUACACACUCACUGCUUAUACACACUCAUUGCUUAUAUACACUCACUGCUUAUAUACUGUACACACUCACUGCUUGUACACACUCACUGCUUAUUUACUGUACACACUCACUGCUUAUACACACUCACUGCUUAUAUACUGUACACACUCACUGCAUGUACACACUCACUGCUUAUACACACUCACUGCUUGUACACACUCACUGCUUAUAUAUUGUACACACUCACUGCUUGUACACACUCACUGCUUAUACACUGUACACACUCACUGCUUAUACACACUCACUGCUUAUACACACUCACUGCUUGUACACACUCACUGCUUGUACACACUCACUGCUUAUAUACUGUACACACUCACUGCUUAUACACACUCACUGCUUAUAUACUGUACACACUCACUGCUUGUACACACUCACUGCUUAUAUACUGUACACACUCACUGCUUUACACACUCACUGCUUAUAUACUGUACAAACUCACUGCAUAUACACACUCACUGCUUAUACACACUCACUGCUUAUAUACUGUACACACUCACUGCUUUACACACUCACUGCUUAUAUACUGUACAAACUCACUGCAUAUACACACUCAUUGCUUAUACACACUCACUGCUUAUAUACUGUACACACUCACUGCUUAUACACACUCACUGCUUAUAUACUGUACAUACUCACUGCUUAUACACACUCACUGCUUAUAUACACUCACUGCUUAUAUACUGUACACACUCACUGCUUAUACACACUCACUGCUUUUAUACACACUCACACUUAGAGGUGAUACACAUUCACUGUUUUCAUAUAUUCAAGUAUUUUUCAAACAAGCUAUGUAAAUAAUUCCAAGAAUAUUGAAGAUGGUAUGCAUUGAAUGAUAAUGCUUAGGGGGUCAUUACACUGCAUUAACCCGUGUGUGUGUGUGUGUGUGUGUGUGUAGUGUCCAGUGAGAAGCUCCUGGUUGGGAGCAGUGAGGAGGAACUGAGCGGGAGUCUGAAGAUGAGAGCUCUCACACAUAAAGCUCAUUCAGACAUCAUCCGGUCAGAGGUAAGAGAGCUCUAUCUGCUCCUCCUCUGGGAACCACUAAACACAAUACAACUAGAACCUGCAUUUCUCAAGUACUCAGUGCUUGUGCCUGCCCACUCCUACAUAUUUCCAUAGAAUAGAACUAAAGCACUGGGUAGCAGUAGUACACUAUAUGCGUCUGUGCUCACAUACCAUGUCAGUGUAUUAGCAGACCAUCCAAUGUGCAUACUCAGUGUCUCUUGGUCUGAAGUGUGUCCUCUGUGCGAUCUCUCCCUUUCCAGAUGUCUUCCAGAUGCUCCUCUCCUCUGUUAGUGUCUUCCUCAUCCUUCCAGAAAGAGCUGGACUCUAGGUAAACAAACAAACUAAAAAACACUCUUCCGUAAAGCUCAGAUCUGUGGAGUGUACAGCUUAAAGUGGUCCUAUGGACAGAUACUCCAAUCUCCGCUGUGGAGCUUUGCAGCUCCUUCAGGGUUAUCUUUGGUCUCUUUGUUGCCUCUCUGAUUAAUGCCUUCCUUGCCUGGUCUGUGAGUUUUGGUGGGCGGCCCUCUCUUGGCAGGUUUGUUGUGGUGCCAUAUUCUUUCAAUUUGGUGCUCCGUGGGAUGUUCAAAGUUUCUGAUAUUUUUUUAGAACCCAACCUGAUCUGUACUUCUCCACAACUUUGUCCUGACCUGUUUGGAGAGCUCCUUGGUCUUCAUGGUGCCGCUUGCUUGGUGGUGCCCCUUGCUUAGUGGUGUUGCAGACUCUGGGGCCUUUCAUAACAGGUGUAUAUAUACUGAGAUCAUGUGACACUUAGAUUGCACACAGGUGGACUUUAUUUAACUAAUUAUGUGACUUCUGAAGGUAAUUGGUUGCACCAGAUCUUAUUUAGGGGCUUCAUAGCAAAGGGGGUGAAUACAUAUGCACGCACCACUUUUCCGUUAUUUAUUUUUGAGAAUGUUUUGUAACAAGUUCUUUUUUUAAUUUCACUUCACCAAUUUGGACUAUUUUGUGUACGUCCAUUACAUGAAAUCCAAAUAAAAAUCCAUUUAAAUUACAGGUUGUAAUGCAACAAAAUACACACACACACACACACACACACACACACACACACACACACACACACACACACACACACACACACACACCUUUUGCUCCAGCCGUACUCCAUCAGGUUUACUGUGUUCUAUUGGACCUGUCCCUCUGCCACAGUAUCCAGACCUCCCUGGAGACGUCCAUGGUGAUGGUCUCCCCGAGCGACGUUGGCUGCUUCCACAACGGACAAUGGCAAGUAGAACUGAGGCUGCAUGGGUGUGACAGCCAGGCUGCUCUUUGUUUUGGUUGUCUUUAAUUAGGGACCCAAUAAAGUGGCUGUGAGUGACCCUGUCACUGGGAUGUCCCCGUCUGGCACAAACAGCCCUCUCAGACUCCUUCUCAUGUAGAGCCCAGCCUGUCACAUCACAUUACCCACAAUCCCUUCUGGAAGGUAGUGCCACAGACCACAAAGAGCACCAACCAAGAGUUGCCAACUCUUAAGACUACUGCGCUGAACCCGUAACCCAAGUUGAAAUACUUUACUGUUGUAGUGCAAGUUGGGUUUCAAUGUUGUUGUUUUUCUCAAUAGGUCCCAACCACGGAUGCUUUCAAGCAGCCUGGAGGAGUUACAAAGCGGAUCGUUACCAAAGGUUUCAUGAUUUUGCUGUGUUUUGAUUGAACUUCUAAGACUAUAUUAUAGCCAUGUUAGACAUACAGCAUGUGCUUCAUUUGUAUUUGACCAAACACAUUAGAAACACUAUGCGUGCUCUAACAACAAUACAUAACCAAUAGGCUUCUGAUGACUGUUAACCUAACAAAAACUGCUAAACACAUACAUGCAUUCUCACACUCUUGUUGUUGAGUUGAUACUAUUUUUAUUUAUUUUUGGUGGGGUAGAUCAGCUUUAAUAUUGCAGAUAGAUUGUAACUUCCAUCAAUGUAAUUGUCUGCAUCACUUCCAAUCCCCAUAUGUUGUUUCUUUCUCGCAAAUAUAUAUAUCACACUCUUGUUGUUGAGUUGAUACUGUCAAUACAUCACUCUACUAACACUGUGUGUGUUCUCUUCAUUACAUGCACGGUCCCCCCUCCUGUAGCAUGUAGUUGGUCAACCAGUUGAAGCGGUUUCAGAGGUAUUUUCCACUGCAUGAUCUCACCAGAGCCACUAACCCUUAACCCUUAACCUCUCACAAUCUGACUUUAUCCUAGCUGACCUGAACAGAGCCAAGGGUUCACCUGAAACUGUCAAAUGUAAUAGCCAUCAUACUCUAGAUGCCCCUAAGGCUUAUGAAACUAGCCUUUUGUUUGUUGUCUCCUGAACACUUGUGACUCCAAUGGCAGUCCAAUCGAAUUAACAAUGAUAUUGUCAUGAAAGGAAAAAAUAUAAAUCUGAAUCUUGUAUUAUGUUCUGUGUAAUGUACAGGAGCAGCAGUUCAACUGAAAUCAAAUGUCAACAGAUGCCAUUUAAUUUAAUUUUGAAUAGACUCGUGACUUGCCUGUAACCAUGGCUCCCCCCAACCCACAGAAUCGGCACAUGGAAAUGAACAAAUAUCAGACCCUACCAGGGAAGCUAUGUCGACCUGACAUGAAUGGGGAUCAAGAGCAGUAUGCCACACAAGUCCAGCUGUCCCCUGAUGAUAGCGAGGACAGUGAGUUGAACCUAAGUAAGUUACAUCUUAAAACACUGCUACUUGUCGUUUUUAUCGAACAGCCUACUAGAAUGUUUCAAACAACAAAAUCUUCCUAGGGUGUAUACUAUAAAUAAAUAAUUAUAAACUGUGUGGUUCGAGCCCUGAAUGCUGAUUGGCUGACAGCCGUGGUAUAUCAGACCAUAUACCAUUUAUUUUGACUGCUCUAAUUACGUUGGUAACCAGUUCAUAAUAGCAAUAAGGCACCUCUGGGGUUUGUGAUAUAUGGCCAAUAUACCAUGGCUAAGGGCUGUGUCCAGGCACUCCGUGUAGCGUCGUGACUAAGAACAGCCCUUAGCCGUGGUAUUUUGGCCAUAUACCACACCCCCUCUGGCCUUAUUGCUUAAAUACACUUCUAUGGCUUGUUACAACAAUGGCUCUGUUUCACUCUUCUCUCGUACUGUGGUUGGUUUGUAUUGGGGCAGCUAUUCUCUGCAUUCUCUCUCACUCUGUACUAAUCUUCCACUUGUUGUGCUGCUGUUCUGUUUCUCCUGUCCUCUUUUUUGCUUUGCGUGGCUUUCUGCUUGUGUUAUGGCUGAAGACCGCUGCAGGAGUGCCAGCGCUCCAGCUUUAGGUACCGUGCUACUACUCCAGCAGAAGCCCAAUGCAUGUCAAAGCACCAAGCCCCUGUUUUCACUAUGGAUUAAAGUUGUGACUAAACUCCAGCCUGUGCAGGAGGGAGUAAGACCCUCAGUGAGUCAGAGGGAGGCGUCUCGGAUUAUGCCUGACUCUUUUUUUAUUUCUCUCGCAUAAGUGAGUGGUGUUGCAGUGCACCCCUCCCAAAGCUGACUACCCUCAAAAGCAGGGCUACUUAGGCGAUGUCACGUGCGGCGAGGGUUGUGUGCACAGGGAUAGACCUUGUCUGAACUGGCUUAACCAUCCACUGUAAACCACUAUAGAUGCAACAUGACAACCCAUUCGCCUCAGGCUAUAAUUUAAUUUCCCUGUAUGAAAUAUUUUUAUUGAAUAUGCAAAAUACUAAUUUGUCUUCACAGAUUUUAAUUGGCAUCCGCUAAGACAAUGUUUAAAUUGCGUUAAGCACUCUGUAGAAACACUUUGACAUCUGCUGAUGUAAAUACUGAAAAUGUCGGAGCACACUAACAAUGUUAAUGCUUUCCUGUUUUACUUCUCACUGGGCUAACCUUUGGCACAGCAGGAUCUCGUGGAAAGCAUGAUUUAUUUGAAAUGGGUGGGUCCUGCAUAGACCUUAAUUAUGGCCCUAAAGAAUGAAAGAAAUACAGUGUCCGUUAACCUUUGCAUUACUUACUUUCAUUCAGAGAACAGUAGGGAAAUUAUUGAAACAGUCUAGUAGUACAGUACUUAAACAUCAUCUCCUGCUCUCAUAGGAAAAUCGGAGAGACUGGAUGAGUCCACGCUGUCGGACCUGUCCCCCCUGUCGUCUGGAGUGGACUCAGGACAGCAGUCUCCUGUCUCCCCAGAGAACAGGAAGAACCACCUGGGCAUCAAGAAACUCUGGGGGAAGUGAGUACCUGUACAGCAGACACACACCCACAUACAUGUACAUGUACACACACACACACAGGAAGGGCACACUGCUGAAUAAAUAUUUAGAGAUAUUAAUUCAGAGACUAAUGGUAUAAAUGGGAGAUAUCUGAUACAAGUCAUCCUGGGUAGAGGAGGUGGCCUAGCAAAGGUACUGCAUAAUUCUAAGUUAAUGACUAAUGAUGUAUUCUAUCUCCUCUAACCUAGGAUUCGGAGGACCCAGUCUGGCAGCCUGCAGAGAGAGGACCUUGAGCCUGGAGAGUUUAAGAGGGGGGGACUGAGAGCCACCGCCGGCCCUCGUCUGGCCCGGACCGGAGAGACAUUGACCUCUGUGUGGUAUGGGACAGACAGUAUCACAAAAUACAUUUAUACAGUGUAUUCUCUUAAACAUGUGCAUGUGACAGAGAAUAUACAAAAAAGCCAAAGUAUUUACAUUUAGUCAUUUAGCAGACACUCUUAUCCAGAGUGACUUACAGUUAGUGAAAAUAUUCCAGUCUUGAUGAUCCAAUCAAUUUACUGUUGUCUGCGACUUACAGUUAGUAUUUAUAAGAGGAGCGGGAAAUACAAAUAUUCCAUUCCAAUUGUCUCUCCUCUCCUGCAGGGAUUUGAAGACACCCUUCUCCAAGUGGACUCCGGAGCAGGUCUGUUGCUGGCUGGAGGAGUAUGGGCUGGACCAGUAUGUGAUUCUGGCUCGACAUUGGGCCAACAGUGGGCAGACCCUCCUCUCCGCCUCACCACAUGACUUAGAGAAGGUAUAGUCAAAAAAAUUACCCAGCUUACAUAUUUUGAUUUACAGAACAUUGUUAGAAAGUUAUUUGUCAAAUAAGCAAAGGAGAUCCUUCAGGGAACGUUAUUAUUUGGACGCAAAGGAGAUCCUUCAAGGAACGUCGUUGUUUGGACGCAAAGGAGAUCCUUCAUGGAACGUCAUUGUUUGGACGCAAAGGAGAUCCUUCAGGGAACGUCAUUGUUUGGACGCAAAGGAGAUCCUUCAGGGAACAUCGUUGUUUGGACGCAAAGGAGAUCCUUCAAGGAAUGUCGUUGUUUGGACGCAAAGCAGGUCCUUCAGGGAACGUCGUUGUUUGGAAGCAAAGGAGAUUCUUCAGGGAACGUCGUUGUUUGGAUGCAAAGGAGAUCCUUCAGGGAAUGUGGUUGUUUGGAUGCAUCAUUCUCAUCACCAUCUAGUUCUAUCUGUCUAGUUCUCAAGAAGCCAUUUCGUUCCUCCUUUCACGUCAUCAUGUUGCUGGACUUUUGUCUUCGUUGUUUUUAGCAAGUUUAGAGGUAUAUUUCAGAUAUACACUACUGGUCAAAGUUUUAGAACACCUACUCAUUCAAGGGCUUUUCUUUAUUAUUACUAUUUUCUACGUUGUAGAAUAAUAGUGAAGACAUCAAAACUAUGAAAUAACGCAUAUGGAAUCAUGUAGUAACCAAAAAAGUGUUAAACAAAUCGAAAUGAUUUUUAUAUUUGAGAUUCUUCAAAUAGCCACCCUUUGCCUUGAUGACAGCUUUGCACACUCUUGGCAUCCUCUCAACCAGCUUCACCUGGAAUGCUUUUCCAACAGUCUUGAAGGAGUUCCCACAUAUGCUGAGCACUUGUUGGCUGCUUUUUUUCCUUCCGACUCAAACCAUCUCAAUUAGGUUGAGGUCAGGAGAUUGUGGAGGCCAGGUCAUCUGAUGCAGAACUCCAUCACUCUCCUUCUUGGUCAGAUAGCCCUUACUCAGCCUGGAGGUGUGUUGGGUCAUUGUCCUGUUGAAAAACAAAUGAUAGUCCCAUAAGCCCAAACCAGAUGGGAUGGCGUAUCGCUGCAGAAUGCUGUGGUAGCAAUGCUGGUUAAGUGUCCCUUGAAUUCUAAAUAAAUUACAGACAGUGUCACCAGCAAAGCACCCCCACACCAUAACACCACCUCCUCCAUGCUUUACGGUGGGAAAUACACAUGCGGAGAUCAUCCGUUCACCCACACCGCGUCUCACAAAGACACAGCGGUUGGAACCAAAAACUCCAAUUUGGACUCCAGACCAAAGGACAUAUUUCCAUUGGUCUAAUGUCCAUUGCUCGUGUUUCUUGGCCCAAGCAAGUAUCUUCUUAUUAUUGGUGUCCUUUAGUAGUGGUUUCUUUGCAGCAAUUCGACCAUGAAGGCCUGAUUCACACAGUCUCCUCUGAACAGUUGAUGUCAAGAUGUGUCUGUUACUUGAACUCUGUGAAGCAUUUAUUUGGGCUGCAAUUUACUUAUCCUCUGCCCAAAGGUAACUCUGGGUCUUCCAUUCCUGUGGCGGUCCUCAUGAGAGCCAGUUUCAUCAAAGCGCUUGAUGGUUUUUUUGCGACUGCACUUGAAGAAACUUUCAAAGUUCUUGAAAUGUUCCAUAUUGACUGACCUAAUGACGUUUCUCUUUGCUUAUUUGAGCUGUUCUUGCCAUAAUAUGGACUUGGUCUUUUACCAAAUAGGGCUAUCUUCUGUAUACCCAGGCCAUUUGUUUGGUUCUUGAUCACAGUUGUGAAAUAGUGUGCCAAGUGAUUCCAAAUCUAGUUAUCAAAACUGUCAUUUUCAGCACUCAUCUUGUAGAAAGGGAUUGGAGCAUCUGCUAAAUGACUAAAAUGUAAAAAUUUAACCUGGAUUAAUCUUAAUCUUGGUAUCAGGAAAUGGGGAUUAAGAAUCCACUGCACAGGAAGAAGUUGCAGUUGGCCCUCAAGUCCUUCAGCACCAAAAUGACUGAGAAAUCCUCUGAACUGGACCACAUCUGGGUCACACGUAUGUAUCAGGACACAGUAGAGGUCAUCAACAUAUUCACUCAACAUUCAGCAAACUUGGUGCUGUAUUCUAUAUAAUCAAUCCGGUAUAAUUGGUUGUCAUGUGGUUUGUCCUCAAAGGUUGGCUUGAUGACAUUGGUUUACCUCAGUACAAGGGUCAGUUUCAUGAGGGAAGGGUGGAUGGCAGAAUGCUUCAGUACUUGACAGUGGUAAGCACAUCCAUUGGUUUUCACUGUUGUGUCUCAGCAUUAUUGUUUAUAAGGCUUUCAGGUCUCCCUCGAAAAAAGAGAUCUCAAGGGACCUCCUAGUUAAAUACAGCUUAAAUAAAUAAAUAUAAAUUAAGAAAACAUGAGACUUGUAUUUGAUGCGUUUCCCUCAGAAUGACCUCUUGUUCCUGAAAGUGACCAGUCAGCUUCAUCAUCUCAGUGUGAAGUGUGCUAUUCACGUCCUCCACGUCAACAAGUUCAACCCCAACUGCCUGAAGAGAAGACCUGGAGAUGAGGUGAGAUGUGUGUGUGCACGUUUAUAGGAGGUUUUCUGUUUACACAGUAUGUAGCUGUGUUUUCUCAUACAUGUGUUUUGCUGUGACAAUAUAGGUCAAAUUAAGAUCCUACAUCUGUAGUUGUGUUUGCUCAUACAUGUUUUAUAUUUUGUGCUAGAACAAGACAUCUCCCUCGGAGGUGGUUCAGUGGUCUAACCACAGGGUGAUGGAGUGGCUUCGCUCAGUGGACCUGGCGGAAUACGCCCCCAACCUGAGGGGCAGUGGGGUGCACGGGGGCCUCAUCGUAAGUAACCUGAGGGGUAGCAGGGUGCACAGGGGCCUCAUCGUAAGUAACGUGAGGGGCAGCAGGGUGCACAGGGGCCUCAUCGUAAGUAACCUGAGGGGUAGCAGGGUGCACAGGGGCCUCAUCGUAAGUAACCUGAGGGGCAGCGGGGUGCACAGGGGCCUCAUCGUAAGUAACCUGAGGGGUAGCAGGGUGCACGGGGGCCUCAUUUUAUGUAACCUGAAGGGCAGCGGGGUGCACGGGGGGCUCAUCGUAAGUAACCUGAGGGGUAGCGGGGUGCACGGGGGCCUCAUCGUAAGUAACCUGAGGGGCAGCGGGGUGCACGGGGGCCUCAUCGUAAGUAACCUGAGGGGUAGCAGGGUGCACGGGGGCCUCAUCGUAAGUAACCUGAGGGGCAGCGGGGUGCACGGGGGCCUCAUCGUAAGUAACCUGAGGGGCAGCGGGGUGCACGGGGGCCUCAUCGUAAGUAACGUGAGGGGCAGCGGGGUGCACGGGGGCCUCAUUGUAAGUAACGUGAGGGGCAGCAGGGUGCACAGGGGCCUCAUCGUAAGUAACCUGAGGGGUAGCAGGGUGCACAGGGGCCUCAUUUUAUGUAACCUGAAGGGCAGCGGGGUGCACGGGGGGCUCAUCGUAAGUAACGUGAGGGGCAGCGGGGUGCACAGGGGCCUCAUCGUAAGUAACCUGAGGGGCAGCGGGGUGCACGGGGGCCUCAUCGUAAGUAACCUGAGGGGCAGCGGGGUGCACAGGGGCCUCAUCGUAAGUAACCUGAGGGGUAGCAGGGUGCACGGGGGCCUCAUCGUAAGUAACCUGAGGGGCAGCGGGGUGCACGGGGGCCUCAUCGUAAGUAACGUGAGGGGCAGCGGGGUGCACGGGGGCCUCAUCGUAAGUAACCUGAGGGGCAGCAGGGUGCACGGGGGCCUCAUCGUACGUAACCUGAGGGGCAGCAGGGUGCACGGGGGCCUCAUCGUAAGUAACCUGAGGGGCAGCAGGGUGCACGGGGGCCUCAUCGUAAGUACACACGCCACAUGACUGAAUCAGCCCCUUCUUAUACCUUUCUACUGCAUAUCAGCUCAGGUCACAUUUGGAUACAGUCAGACAUACAAUUCAAGACUCCCUAAAGCAAAGUUUAUUUUGAAUUAACCUAUUCUGCCAAUUAAUUCCAUCCCAGUGUUCUGUGUAAUUGUCUGUAUGUAGACUGUAUCUUCCUCUGAAUCUUCUCUAAUGACCCCUAGAUUCUGGAGCCUCGUUUUAACUCGGAUACCCUGGCCAUGCUGCUGAACAUCCCCCCUCAGAAGACCCUGCUGCGACGCCACCUGGCCACCAACUUCAACAUGCUGGUGGGCUCCCAGGCUCAGCAGGAGAAGAGGGAGUUCAUGGAGUCGUCGGGCUACGCUCCCCUCAGCACCACAGCCAAAGUCAGGGUAAGAGAUGACAGUACUGUAGUACGUCCAGGGCUGAACCACCACUCUGUUAGGAGCCCUCUUUUUGGUUCUUCCUCCCACUCUCUCUCCCCCUCCUCUCUCUGCCCCCCCCUCUCUCUCCUCUUUCUCUCCCCCUUCGCUCUCUCUCGCUCUCGCGCUCUCUCUCGCUCUCUCUCUCUCUCUCUCUCUCUCUGCCCCCAAACACUCUCUCUCUCUAUCUCUCUCUCUCUCCUCUCUCACCUCCUCCCCUUCCUCAUCUCUUUAGAGAGACAGACAACACCAUAAUCCUCAGUGUGACACCUCAGACCUGGCAAAGCUCUAAGACCACCUAGCAGCUUUGCGUGCAGCAGGCUUUUGUAGCGCCAGCUCAUCUCUAAGACUCACCGCUUUGUUAAGGCUAGCAGAAAAUGUGCUGAGGAAAAUUUUUUGCGAUAGCAUAAUGUACUUAGUCAGCACAAUUAGGCUUAAAGUAACCUUUUAUAGCAACACUGCCCAUAUUGUACGGUGUUUAGAAAUCUAUUCACUGAUGAUGGUUAAAGGGCUAGAAUAGAAGUGAUACACAGCUUUAUCUCAGUCUGUUCAUAAACCAUGUCCUCUCUGUGCCAUCUCCUGUUCAGCCAAAGAAGUUGGGCUUCUCAAACUUCGGCCACCUGAGGAAGAAGAGGUGUGAUGAGUCAACAGACUAUAUUUGCCCCCUGGAGGAGGCCCAGGUCCAGACGGUGGUGAACGGGGCCCACCGGCCCUACUCCGGCUUCAGGGGCCUCAGCCCCAUCCUGGACAGAGACCCAGACAGACGGGAGCAGGUGGGGCCAAACUGCUGAUGAUGUCACACUACUGUACCUACCUACCCAUCACUACUCAGCUUGCUGCCAAUAACCCCACCUCUUCCUGCCAUGCCCAUCCAUAUCCCACCCCAGCACACCCACCUCCACACCCCUCACGUGCCAUCAUCUAA